AUCAACAUCCUCCUCACCUCAUUCCCUGGUCUCGACCUCCCUUCAACGCUCUCCUUUCCCAUAGACGCUUCUAGCACCAUUAGCGACCUCGCUGCUACAUUGUUGGAACGGAUACCCCAGGUCGCGAACAACCGUCUGAUCCUCACCACCACCUCCAACAAGCAACUAUUGCCACACUCUUCAGAACCGCUCACAUCACUUCUAUCAUCCCCCGACGAUGCCUUCAUUCCGCUGCGUCUGUCCGCUCCUCUUUGUGGAGGAAAAGGUGGAUUCGGCUCCCAGCUCCGUGCCGCUGGUGGUCGCAUGUCAUCGCGAAAGAAGCGCAGCCAGGGCGAGAAUAAUGGAUCCUCUCGAAACCUCGACGGCCGCAGGCUACGUACUGUGACCGAGGCAAAGGCGCUGGCUGAGUACCUAGCCGUCAAGCCGGAUAUGGACAAGAAGGAGCGAGAGGAGAAGAUGAAGCGUUGGGAAGCUAUCGUUGACGCAGCGGACCGAAAGGAGGACGAGAUACGGAGCGGCAAGACUGCUCGGUUGGAUGGCAAGUGGGUUGAGGACAAGGAGGAGGCAGAGCAGAAGACGAGAGAUGCAGUUAUUGCUGCAUACAAGGCUGGGGAGAUCAAGAACGCCUUGGCCGAGAAGGAGAGCGACACUUCUGGCGCAGGAUCUGAGGGAAGUGAGGGGAGUGAGAGCGAGGGAAUGGGGGAUGUUCAAGCGACAGGCUCCAAGGCAGCAGAAAAGCGGCAAGCGAGGUCA